UUGGCAAAUGUACAAAUAUCCAAACCACUAACAAAAGAGAAAAAACGUUUUGUGUUAAUAAUUGAUUUCUUUUAUGUAUGUUUUGAAUGUCUAAAUUGUGCCUGUUAUUAUUAUGUUCUUCGGAUAAAAUAAGAGUCUGAUCUCUUAGUUUAAAAUAUUAAAGACUGAAAAAUUAACACCAUGAAUAAUUCAGCGGCAAAGGUUGGAGAAAUAUUUACUGAAGCUGGAGCAGCUUUCAAUAAAUUAGCCGAAAUGACUAUGAUGUUACACCCGAUAGCAGAGUCAACAACAACCAGUUCACAGUCAAAGACACCAUUAAAAAGGAAAGCUGAAGAACGUAUACCACCACAGAGCUCAAGUCCUCCCCCAUCUGGUCCAACUCAACAUAAUUUGCAUACACCACCAAUUUCACAACAGGUAACACUUAACAUGUUGAAUGCCCAGGAAGCAGAAAUGGAUGUUGGACUUGGCAAUGAUGUUAAAUUAGAAUUUGAAUCCAGUACCGAUGAAGUCACUACAUAGUAAAUAUUGGUGCAUUAUAUAACUUUUUUCACUUUAUUUGUAUCUCAACUUAGACCUUUGAUUACAUAAUUGUUCAGACAAUGUUUUUUUAAACACUUAGACAAAAACAUACCAAUUUUAUAAUACUAUUAUUGCUGUAUGUGAAUAUAUGUUGACACAUAUACAUUAUUACUUAAGUAUGUUUAUGUCAAAUUUAUGUUUGUUUAUGAAAAUAUGUUUCAAACAAAAAUCAACAUCUUAUUCCUAUAUUGUAAUAAUGAAGUCUGUGGUUUGUUAUCAGCAUUUCUAUUACUGGAGGGUUAGUUAUAAAAUUUGUUUCAUAAACAAUAUGUUUCUGUUGUAGGUUAAAUUAUUAAAUGUUUGUUCAUUAAAAUGGUCAUUUACUAUUUAAAUUGUAUAUGGAUCACAGUAUAAUAAUACAUACUGACUAUAGAAUGUUAGCUGUUUGAUGCCUACAAUUUUGUUUAAGAGCAGCCAUUGCCUAUGUCAUGAACAAAUUUCACUUAGGUCUAUUCAAAAAUGACACCCAAUUAUAAGUAUAGACAUAAAAAAAAUUACAAUCAGUAAAUUUAAUAUAUUGGCUUGUCAUUCAUAAUUAGUC